GAAAUGGCGGCCAUGGAAACGGGCAGUUCCGACUCUGAUGGCUCGGAGGAACUGUCCCGUUUCAGAGAGGCAGCGUGGAGUGUCGAUGCUCGGACGGCGACAGCUGUCGUUCAAUUGGGCUAAUAGCCCAAUACUGAAUGUCUUUAGUUGCACUCACUGGACUACUGUGGGCCAGUACAUGCCCAAGGCCUGGUUCUUUAAAUGGACUCGGUUCCAUGUUCUAUUAUGGAAAGAGAUUAUCAGGCAGAUGUGGAGCGGAAACCAGUGAAGAUAAGAGCACUUCGGCAUCAACAAAACCAAGUCGCAGGCAAAAUCUAGAUAACCAGCAGCACAAUGCAAAUGAGCUGCAGACAACACCAGAAUUCAGAAAUCACGUUGCUAAAAGGCUGGGCAUCUUUCUAGAUAGCAUCAUUACUGUCAACAAUUCUGGACCCUUUCUUAAGCAGCAAGCAGAAACUGGUGAUGAUGAAGAAUGUUUCUCAGGUUUUCGAUUGUUUUCCACAUCUAUACCUGAGGAGCUCAAGAAAUUCAAACCCUCAUCUCCAGUUAAGUGGAAGCCCCCACCUAGUUCAAGAUCUUUCACACUCUACAGGAAAUGCAGAUUGAAUGACCUUCUCCCUACAACAAUGAGUGACUCAGACAGUGAAUUGGAGCGACUGAAGGAAGCAGUGGUUUCGGGCAAUGACUUGCUUCAGCAGAGUUCCAUCAUCGGUAAUCAGCCAGAGACAAAUUGUGAUGAAGACCUCACUCAGGACAAACACAAAGAAAAGAAAAAGAAAAAGCUGGCUGUUGAAGGUCAGAACGAUUGGAAAAGGGAUGAGGUAGAAGUUUUAAAAAGAAAAUCAAAACAGAAGUGGCAAAUUCUAGAAAAUGGACACAAACAAACUGAAUUUCCUGAUGAAACUCUUAAAGGGCAAGGACACCACUUAAAAGCAGAAGAUUCUGAUGUUGAAAGAAGAAAGAAGAAAAGAAAGAAACCAAAGAAUGACAAACCUGUACCCAAAAUUCAUAAGAAAGAAAGAGUUGUGGUGGCAGAUCAGCUAUGACAGCUUUCCAUGUUCAUUGAGGGGACUUCACUUAUUUCAAAGGACGGUGCUCACUCUAGGUGAUAUUUUUGAAGCUUUUUUUGGGUGUACUAUUUGGUUAAUUACUUUGAAAUAAUAUGAAUCUCCAAAUGAGAAAACAAAGCAAAGAUUUUUCUUUUUUGCAUCCUGCCAUCUAGCCCUAGGGAAAAGGUCUUUCAUUGCAGAUCUUUUGGACUGAUUCAACUGAAUUGUGUAUAAUGAACUGUCACUUGAAAGAACUGUGACUGGAGUUCGUUGGUCCAUGUAUCUCCCAUUAUCUGCCUGAAAAGAUAAUGGUUCCAUUAUUCAUUGCUGUGUCAAAUUGGUCUGAUCUAUGUUUGAAAUUUGAACUGCAGCUAUUUUGGUUUAUUUUUGAAUCUCAGAGAGUUUUUUGCUUUCAUUUUUAAUUAUUUUGACACCAUUGUGAUUUAAGUACUGACUCAAAGAAACUUUGUUUGUUUUAAUUUUGUUGUCUUGUUGUUAAUUCUUAAUUAGUUUGUUUACCACCACUUUACCAGUGUUCUGGUUUCUUUCUCAAUAUAUCACAGGUAUAAAACAAUGCAUUUAUUUAAAAAAAAAUCAAUUUCUUUGCAGCAACACAUCAGGUGGUGCAGAUAGCAUGGAAAUUGCAAGAACAAAACUUCAACUGCUUUUCCCAACUGCUCUGAUUCCCAAGAUAAGUUGCUGUAUGAAAAAUUGCUUGAAUCAGUAUGCUACAGUCUCUGCCAUUAGUCACAUUUGUGCUUUCGACACCUCUCCUUUCCAGUGCUCUGGCCAGGCUUUAAAUCUUCAUGAGAGGACAGAGAAUGAGGUUCAGCAACCACAUAAAAUGUAUAUCUAAUUAUCUACGUGCUAAACUUGAGUGUUAGUCCAUUUCAGCCAAGUGCAGUAGAUAGCAGUCAGAAGUGGAUGCUUUCCCUUUGUUUAUUUUAAUAAAUAAAAUGUAUUUUUAGAUUUA